CUCUUCCGUUCUGCUACCGUUCUGUCGACCAGAUGACUCCCUCACCGCUCUCCCCGCCACUCAGCGGUGAUGAUACUCCCCAUAAUAUACCCUCUGACUACCAUCGGGUGUUCGUCGCGCUGCCGCGACUCACACCACAGCAACGCGCAGGAUACCGCCCUUGGCCUCUUCCUUGCUGCCAUUCAAGGCCAUAUGGUAUGCUUUCACAAAAUAGCAAGCUUGGCUCUUCAGAGAGGGAAGCUAUGACCUCUCCCAGCUCCAAUACCCCAGAAAUACCGCCUCAACCCCAAGCUCUUCGCGAUCCUUUUGUCACUCCUUCUGUGGGUGGUCUGCUUGACAACGGGUCUGACGUGCAAGAGCUAGCACAAAUGCCGCUUGCAAAUAGACAACAAGGUUCUAUUGGUAAACGCAGGCACAUAAAAGUGGUUGCAAGUAGCGGGGACGAAGACGACGUUGUCGUGCUCAAUCCAAGGUCUAAACGACGGAUCGUCACUGCUCGUGCAGCCAACUCUUCCAAGGCAUCUCGAGUUGAUGUCACUCACCGAGCUUCCUCUUUUCACAGUGCCACCCCUGUCAACAAGCGCCGCUUUGGAAAGUUUGACGGCGGCCGCGAAGUCGACUAUGACGACCUUUUCUUCUCUGCCGAUGAGCGACAUGCUUCCCCUCUUCCCCCCACGGCAAAUUCCCGUUCCCGAGUACGGGAAGCCAUUGCUCCAUCCACUCAGGCAGCACUGGACGGCCUCAAGGAAAGACGCGCUCGCCGUGGCCCGCCGCCUACUCGGUCUUCCGACUUCCCGGACGAUUGUCCUGGACGCCUCGUCAUUGUCAGCGAUAGCGAGCGCAGUCUUUCCCCUCCACGCACAUCCAGGCGUCGUAGAUCGAGCGGUAAAGCCAAGCCCGCUACACAAGUUUACCUAGACCCAGACGACAAGUCCACGCACGAAGCAGAGACGGAAGAAGAAGAAGACAUGGUAGAGGGCCUCAAGUUGGACAAUCCCGAAGACUAUCGAGUGGAAGGCCGACUCAGGUCUCCUAGGAAAGAGACUCGGAAACAGAGAGCCAUCCGACAUCUUAAAAACAAAAGAUUGGGGGUCAUAGAAGUUUCGAGCUCUUCAGAAGGGGGCGGGGAAGAGUCAGACUCGGCAGAGGAGUAUUUCGGUGAUGACCUGCUCCCGGAUGGAACCGUCCGCGACCCCUUUCGCACGGAGGAGGAUGAAAUGCGCGACUUUAUCACAGAUGAUGGUCACGAUUCGGCAGGCUACGAACUUCCCGCUGAAUUUGCCGGCGCCCGCGGUCAGUCCGAAGACACCAGAUUCCGCAUCGUUUUCCAAUACUUUCUCUACUUGGCCAUGCAUGGCCCGGAGCGCGCCAGAGACCUGCCAGAGAGAGAAAAAGCGUACUUUGAGCCUUUUUUAUCUUCUAUGAGGACAAGGAUGACCGACUACCGAAACAACAGAGUACGAAGUCAGGCGUGGAGGCAAGAGUUGGUUCACAAGCUCUUAAAGUAUCCAUACUUCUGUGCUCAAACCGUCGAACCUGAACCUGGCUGUGACGCAUGCAACUUGAGUGGAAGGAUUAGUAGCUUUGCCAUGUCACUUGAAGGGCGACCCUAUGACUCCGUCACUUUCGAGUAUGUGACUGAUUCUGACGACGACUUAGAAUCAUCCAAUGCCGAGGAAGAUGACGAGUGGAACGAGCUUGAAAAGCUUCGAGGGACAAGGAAGGGAAAAGACAGUCCUCAGGGGAAGAUAGCAAGGGAGAAGUCUCAGAUGAUGGAGCACCUUCGUGUGGACUAUGAGUGGCUGGAACAUGGUGAGGGGAUGAUUCAUGGCGAGGCAGGCGAAGCUGAGGAGGCCGAGCAAAGGAAGGGUGACUCGUAUAUCAUCGGUAAAUACUGCAAACGUCGAGCCCAGAUAUUUCACAGGAUCUCCCAUUGGGAAUUCAUCCUUUUCCACCGUAUUAAACAGCUCUACACCGACCUCCUCACCUGUAUGGGCUAUAAAGUCCCCGGUUCCCUUUCUGAAGACAGAGCCAAGAAAUAUGCAGCCGAAGAUGACGACUACUAUCUGGGCAGGAGGAACACUCGGCAAAGGACGAUGGCCGAUAGGGCAGCUGUCUUGAGAGGGACCGAUUUCCCCGAAGAUUGUGAGGACUUGGAAAGCGUUCUCCAGUGGAUGAUUGGCGAGCGCUAUGUUUCGGAGCAACAAGAAUGGAUUGAGAAUCUGAUCGAGAGGGCCGAGAACUUAGAUAAGAUACCCUCGGAUCGGUGAUGCUCGCGCAAUCUUUCUUUGAAGUAUUCCUCCAUCUUGGGGGCUCCAUAUAUGCGCCUGAUGGUGGAAUGAGACCUUGACAUACGCACCAUAGCUGUAAAUUUGUUGAUUUCGAUUGUAGAUAGGGUGCGUCCGAUAUGGAGUGUGACCUUGACAUACAUAUUAUAUAGUUAUAGCUCUUUUUGAUUUUGAUUGUAAAAAGGGUGGAGUGUACAAUUAAUUGGAUCUUGCAUAAGCAGCGAAUGAGUAU